AGUCAUUUAGUUGUUAAACUUUUAGAAAGAACAGCAAUAGUGGAAUUAAUAAAAAUAAUUAAAUAAUUUAUUUGCACAAGAAACUAGGUUAAACACAUAUUUACUUUAAAUAAAUGACAAGAAAAAAAAUGGUUUAUUUUAUUUUAUUUUAUGGGAUUUAUUUCUGGUUUCUGAUUGGCUUGCAGGCCUAGGGAGGUUUGUUGACCAAUGAGGUUGCACAACAUAGGUGUGUGCGGCGGGUGAACACGCGGUUCCCGGCGUUUUUCUCACACUAGGGCAGACAGCGGUAGAGCGAGCACCUGGAGCUCAGAUCUUUCCAGCUAAUCGGAAAUAAAACAAAGUAAAAGUUAAUAAAAGUUCACUAAAACAUCACAGAACAUUCCUAGUUAGCAGGAUUACUUACCUGGAGCUGUAAUUGGAGCGUCUGCGUUGUCUACCCCGUGUGAGCAUGCUGCGGUUUCCCCGCAUUGGUCAGGUUUUUUGAGAGAGGUGAAGUUGAACUGAAUUCCAGUGAUUUGGAUGGCGAGCCGAGCCCGACUAUCUGAACCAAGGAACCUUACUGCAUGCAGCGAACUGAACUGAACUCUGAUUCCACGUUCACACUGACACUGAGCCUAUUCACUUCUGAGCUUGGUAGGCUAAACUUGCACUCCCACAAAUCGCAGGAUCCUACAUUCGCUCGACUUAACUUUGUGGACAUGGACUGUGGUAUGCGAACACAUUUCCAAUUGGAAUCAGAACACUAAAGGACGUCUAAGUCCCAGGAUUCUCUAAUUUCCAUUUUCUGAACGUGACUGGUGUUUAUUAUUUUCUUUGUUUUUUUCUCUUCUCACAAUUACCCGGGUAACAUGUUUUGUAUGCACUGAAUUGUGUUUUUUUUGUAUUAAAUUGAACAAUUCCUUUUGCCAAAUAUACUUUUAGUAGUCCAGUGUGGUCUCAGUGGUUUGGUUGCUCUGGCUCUGUAGUCAAAUCUAGUGAGGAAACUUCUGAUUGGCCCAAUUGAAUUUCUUAUAUACAUACUUUGCUAUAUCUAAGAACUGCACUUACCGUACUGUACACCUAAUACUGGUUACAGAAGUUGGCGAGCCAGCCAGGAGCUAGUUUUAUACUAAAUCUUAUGUUUGAGACACACACUGAACUUGGGUUGUAUUCCUAAAUUAGGACAGGAUAAUCUCCCAAAAUGGAAUUUAUCGAGCAAUCUGGUGUCAAAGUUCCAAACUCAGUUAUAGUCAGUGGGAUAGCUGGGUCUAGCAUAGAGGAAGAGGUUCUUACUUUUCUGAAGAAAUAUGGUUCAAUAAAUAGAACUUUUAUGGUAGAUGAUCCCACAUCAGAACUCCACUCAAACUUAAUAGUAGAGUACACUUAUGGUACAGCCAUGCAGAUUCUAGAGCCCAUGCUGCCUCAUACUCAGACACUGUCAGAUGAAUCUAACAGUAGAUACUGUGUGAGUGCUUUAGCUAAUGUCUAUUGCCAAAAAGUAGGGGGUAGUGUUACACAGACAUACCUGGGUGAAUUAAAAAGAGUAGCCAAGCUAAGUGGCAAGGACUUCGAAGAGAUGUUGAAGGAAGCCCUAGCACAAAUAGGUGAGUCUGUGGAAGCUUCUGAGCUUGCUGACCAAAAACUCAGUCCUGAACAGUCCAAAGAGUACCGCCAACUAGGGAGUUCACCUUUAUUGUUGCUUGACAUCCCUCGUGAGCCUGAGUCUUACAAAACCGGCACAACUCCAUUGAUAAUUCCACCACUGUCACCUGUGCAAAAAGUGAUUCCCUCACUGGAUCCUGGUGCAAUUAAUCCUCCCGAAGUCCAGAAGCUAGUAGUAGAACAUAUAGUGAGGAGUGAGGAGAAAUCUUCAUAUGCACAUUUAUCCUUGAGGCUGAGAACUUUUUCUGGGAAGAAUCCUAGACCAUACAGCGAAGCCGAUUAUGACACAUGGCGUUCUCAUGUUGAUCUGAUGAUGAAUGACCCUUCAGUCUCUGAGAUUGAGAAAACACGAAAAAUAAUUGAAAGUCUUCUAGCUCCCGCUACUGAUGUCAUCAGGCACCUUGGCCCUGAAGCUUCUCCUACAUGCUAUCUACAGCUUCUAGAUUCAGCCUUUGGUUUAGUUGAGGAUGGAGAGGAACUGUUUGCUCGAUUUAUGAACACGUUACAGAACAUGGGAGAGAAACCUUCUGCUUAUUUGCAGCGUCUCCAAUUGGCGUUGAGUCUUGCAGUGAGAGCAGGUGGAGUUUCAGCUGACAAUGCUGACAAGCACCUUCUAAAACAGUUUUGUAGAGGUUGUUGGGAGAAUAGCCUACUAGUUGAUCUGCAGCUAGAGUGCAAGAGGGACAGUCCUCCCCCAUUUGCUGAACUGCUGUUGUUGUUGCGCACAGCUGAGGACAAGCAAGAGGCCAAGACACUGAGAAUGAAGCAACAUCUUGGAGCUGUAAAGCACAAAGCUUCUCUGCACCAGCACAGUGCUUGUGAGUGUGACGAAACACCCACCAAUUCCACUCAAGGUGAGAUGAUUGAAUUAAAAAAACAAGUUGCAGAAUUAAAGAGCCAAUUGACCUUGAUGAUGACAAAGAAACAAGAAAGAAAAGCGCUAUCCAGAACCGAACCAUCAAAAAGAGAACAACUGAAAAAAGCUGAAACACAAAAACCUGACCAUGUGAAGAAAGAAUGUAAGUCACCUACCUUUCAUUGUCCAGUCUCCAAGCCAAAACCUUGGUAUUGCUUUCGCUGUGGACAAGAUGGCCACAUUGUUGCUACUUGUGAGUUUGAUGCAAAUCCUGCCUUUGUAGCUUCUAAAAGGAAAGAAUUGAGAGAGCGUCAGCAACUGUGGGAGACUCAGCACGAGUCCAAGUCUUCUUUAAACUGAAGUCAGUUCCUGUCACGGGACAGACAGGAGCUGUAGCUGAUCACAGUCCCAGUGAAAAUAACUUGAAGAAAGGUAAUAAAAUGCAUGCCACAUUGAAACAAGCACACAUGAAACAGAACUGUCGUGGGUUGCCAAAAGGCUUAGUAGGAACAAAAUGCACAGCACAGAUAAAAAUAGGGCAUGCCCAUACAAGCUGUUUAUUAGAUACGGGAUCUCAGGUGACCACAGUGUCCCAUUCAUUCUUUCAGAAGAACUUAUCUGACCAUCAGAUUAAUUCACUGUCUGACUUGCUAGAGGUUGAGGGAGCAAAUGGCCAGUCCGUACCUUACUUAGGCUAUGUGGAACUGAGUGUUGUUUUUCCAAAGGAGUUCACUGGCAUAGAAGUGGAAGUCCCAACACUUGCUCUAGUAGUUCCAGACACUACUUCUGAGUCACAACCUCAUGUGCUGAUUGGCACUAACACACUUGAUGUUCUGUAUGAGACUGCCAGUGAAACUGCUGCUGCAACCCCAGAGUCACCCUUGUAUGGUUAUAGAGCAGUACUUAAAGUUCUAGAGUUAAGACAAUGCCAUCACCAAGGCAGUGCUUUUGGGUUUGUUAAGCUACAUGACAAAACCCCACAGUUAAUUUCUGCUGGACAGUUUGUAGUUGUGAACGGUUGUGCUGUAGUGAAGGAAUACACCAAUGAGACUAAGGCAAUUCUAGAACAUCCUACUUGGUCCUCUCUUCCAGGAGGGUUACUUGUACAACCCUGCCUCAUCGAUGUUCCAAGUCAGCCACCUUAUAAGGUGUCUGUAAUGCUAAAGAAUGAAUCCGAACGUGACAUUGUUAUUCCUCCCAAAUGCAUUCUUGCUGAGCUCAGUGUCAUUCAGACAGUUCUGUCCCAGCAGCAAAGUGUAAAUACAGAAGAAGUGAAUUCUGACGAAAAGCCCAAAUUAAGUUUUAAUUUUGGCGAUUCCCCCGUUUCUGCUGAAUGGAAGGACCGAAUUACAAAGAAAUUAAACAGCAUGCCUGAAGUUUUUGCUCAGAGCGAUAUUGACUUUGGUAGAACAGACAGGGUGAAGCAUCACAUCAAGCUUUCUGAUGAGACUCCCUUCAAGCACAGAGCACGUCCUAUACAUCCACACGACCUGGAUGCAGUUCGUAGGCAUCUUCAGGAGCUACUACAAGCUGGAAUAAUUCGUGAAUCUGAGUCACCAUUCUCGUCCCCCAUAGUAGUGGUAAGGAAAAAGAACGGAGAAGUACGUCUUUGUGUAGACUAUCGAAAGUUAAAUCUUCAGACUGUGAAGGACGCAUAUGCACUUCCAAACCUGGAAGAGACAUUUUCCGCCCUUACCGGAUCCAAGUGGUUUACUGUGCUCGAUUUAAAAUCAGGCUAUUAUCAAAUUGAAGUGGAGGAGGCUGAUAAACCAAAGACCGCUUUCGUGUGUCCCUUAGGUUUCUGGGAGUUUAACCGGAUGGCACAAGGGAUCACAAAUGCUCCUAGUACUUUUCAGCGGCUAAUGGAAAAAUGUGUGGGCGAUAUGAACUUGAGAGAAGUAGUCGUGUUUUUGGACGAUGUAAUUGUUUUCUCAAAAACAUUGGAAGAACAUGAAAUCAGGCUGAUGCGAGUCCUUAGUCGUCUGAAAGAGUAUGGAUUAAAGCUUUCUCCGGCAAAAUGUAGGUUUUUCCAAACCUCCGUCAGAUACCUGGGCCAUAUAGUGUCUCAGAGUGGAGUAGAGACAGACCCUGAUAAGGUGGAAGCCUUGAAGACGUGGCCCAGACCGCAAAACUUGAAGCAGUUAAGGUCUUUCCUUGGGUUCUCGGGAUACUACCGACGAUUCAUCAAGGAUUACUCCAGUAUUGUGAAGCCCCUCACUGAUCUAACAUCUGGGUACCCACCACUGCGAAAGAGUUUCAAACACAAAGCAAAAGACAGCCAGUACCAUGAUCCGAAGGAAUCAUUUGGUGGUCGAUGGACAUCUGCAUGCGAGACUGCGUUUAACACCAUCAUAACAAAGCUUACUACGGCUCCUGUUCUCGGCUUUGCAGACUCCAAAAUCCCUUACGUCCUGCACACCGACGCUAGCACCACAGGGUUAGGGGCAGCCCUGUACCAAGAACAAGAGGGUAUUAUGCGAGUCAUAGCUUAUGCUAGUAGGGGGCUGUCACGCAGUGAAUCAAAGUAUCCAGCUCACAAACUAGAAUUUCUAGCAUUAAAGUGGGCUGUAACCGAAAAGUUCAAUGACUACUUGUAUGGGAGUAAUUUUACUGUUAUAACUGACAGUAACCCCCUCACAUAUAUUUUAACCACUGCUAAGAUGGAUGCCACUAGUUACAGAUGGCUAGCUGCCCUGUCAACUUUCACAUUUAAACUCAAGUACAGGGCAGGUAAACAGAACUCUGAUGCAGAUGGUCUUUCCAGAAGGUCCCAUGGAGGGUUAACUGAAGAUGUAAUGUCUCAGAAAGAAAGAGAGCGAAUUUGUCAGUUCACUCACACACAUCUAGAUGAUUCUAGUGUCAGUAUAAGUAAAGAUGCUGUGUAUGCUCUCUGUGAGAAACACCUAGUUAACAAUGUUACUAGUGAGGAAAAUAGUGCCGUUGCUUUAGUACAGUCACUAGCAGUUUCUUCUGAUGCUAUUCCAGACAGCUUCGCUAGUGAGGAUCAACAUGGUGGUUUACCCAUCAUUCCUCAUUUUUCCGAGGAGGAAAUUAGAGACAAGCAGAGAGCUGACCCCUGUAUCAGAGAGGUUAUCAGUAUGAUAGAGACUGGUGAGAAGUUAGUUCCAGCAAUCCGAACAGAGCUUCCUCAGAUUACCUAUCUGUUACGUCAGUUGAGCCGCCUUAGUCUACACAAUCAGAUAUUGUAUCGUAGGCGUUUAGAAGGUAGCACUCCAACGUAUCAACUUGUUUUGCCUGAAGAACUUUGCCCUGUGGUCCUGAAAAGUCUCCAUGAUGAUAUGGGACACAUGGGUAUAGACCGCACCAUGGACUUGAUAAGAACCAGAUUCUAUUGGCCAAAGUUAGCAGAUGAUGUGGAAAGGAAGGUCAAGACGUGUGAAAGAUGUGUUCGAAGAAAAAGCUUACCAGAGAAAGCUGCACCAUUGACAAACAUUGUCUCAACCAGACCUUUGGAGCUUGUGUGCAUGGAUUUUCUAUCCAUAGAACCUGACAGUAAAAAUACUAAGGAUGUCCUGGUCCUUACAGACCAUUUCACUAAAUACGCCAUCGCUAUUCCAACACCCAAUCAGAAGGCCCAGACUGUCGCAAAAUGUCUAUGGGAUAACUUAAUUGUUCAAUAUGGUAUUCCCGAAUGUUUGCAUAGCGACCAAGGUCCAGACUUCGAGUCCCAUGUUAUCAAAGAGCUAUGUCAGCUUAUGGGGAUUCGUAAGACUCAUACCACACCGUACCACCCCAGAAGUAAUCCUGUGGAACGUUUCAACAGGACCCUUCUGAAUAUGCUUGGGACAUUGAGGGACGAAGAUAAAUCCCGAUGGCGGAAUUUCGUGAAGCCUCUGGUACAUGCUUACAAUUGCACACGAAACGAUGUAACUGGGUUCACCCCUUACGAGUUAAUGUUUGGACGACAGCCGAGGCUGCCGGUCGACUUAGCAUUUGGUCUACCAUUGCAGUCUGAUCAGCGCAAGUCCCAUUCGCAAUAUGUGCAAGAGCUCAAAUCGCACCUUGAAGAUAGUUUUAAGAUAGCUAGCCUAAAUUCUGAAAAGAAUGCCAAAGCAAAUAAAACCAGGUUCGAUGCGCACAUAACUGCCUCCAAGCUGGAAGCAGGUGAUCGAGUUUUAGUGCGAGCUGUUCGUCUGAGAGGCAAGCAUAAACUUGCUGAUAGGUGGGAAACCGACAUCCACGUAGUGGUGAAGAAAGCAGGAGAUCUCCCAGUUUACACAGUCAGGCCGGAAAAUCAUGAUGGUCCCUUGAGAACUCUGCAUAGAGACCUCCUACGUCCUUGCAGUUUUUUACCAGUGAGUGUGGGGAGGCCUGUUACACCACAACGUCCUCGCCGACCCCAGACAAGGCAGUUUGCUGAGUGCAACACAGAAGAUGUGUUUUCUGAUUUUGAGGAAGACUUUGAGAUUCACAGACAUGGGAGAUUGCCUGCCAUGACGCCCACGAGAUUUACGGCUGUCUACGAGAUACCUAGGAGAGAUGAAAGUAACUUACCUGGUGAUGAUCCUGUGAAUGAAAGUAACUUACCUGCCGAUGGUCCUGUAGACAAAAAUGACCUACCUGUUGUAGUUCCAGUGGAAGAUGACUACCUAACUCCAGGUACCCCUGUGAGAGAAAAGACACAAGAUCAGCCUGAAAGUCAGUCGCUUCAUCUGACUUUUGCAGUUGACACAAAUGUUGCAGAACCAGCCGAGGCAGACUCCAAUGCCAAUUCUUCUGAGCCGGCAGAUGAGGCUGAACCUCAGGAAAUGGCUGAACAGAGCAUCCGGAUGUAUGAACAACCAGAGGAAGUUAGUAACGUCCCAUUGGAAGAGAGUAAUGCUGUAUCAAGUGACGAUGCCGCCACAGAAACACUUGAUGGUAUUAGACGAUCGACAAGAAACAGAGAAAGACCUGACAGGUUACAGUAUUCACGCCUGGGACAUCCACUAAUAUCCAUUGUUCAGUCCUUGUUCCAAGGGUUGAGUACAGCCUUUACGGAUGUUCUGCAAGAUGCCCAAGAUUCAGAAUAUUUGCUUACUUCCUGCCCUAAGCUUACAACCAAGCAGCCACCCCCAUGCACAGGGACGUGCAUGAUUUCAAGAGGGGAGGGUGUAGCCCAGACUAAUAAUUUAGUCAUUUAGUUGUUAAACUUUUAGAAAGAACAGCAAUAGUGGAAUUAAUAAAAAUAAUUAAAUAAUUUAUUUGCACAAGAAACUAGGUUAAACACAUAUUUACUUUAAAUAAAUGACAAGAAAAAAAAUGGUUUAUUUUAUUUUAUUUUAUGGGAUUUAUUUCUGGUUUCUGAUUGGCUUGCAGGCCUAGGGAGGUUUGUUGACCAAUGAGGUUGCACAACAUAGGUGUGUGCGGCGGGUGAACACGCGGUUCCCGGCGUUUUUCUCACACUAGGGCAGACAGCGGUAGAGCGAGCACCUGGAGCUCAGAUCUUUCCAGCUAAUCGGAAAUAAAACAAAGUAAAAGUUAAUAAAAGUUCACUAAAACAUCACAGAACAUUCCUAGUUAGCAGGAUUACUUACCUGGAGCUGUAAUUGGAGCGUCUGCGUUGUCUACCCCGUGUGAGCAUGCUGCGGUUUCCCCGCAUUGGUCAGGUUUUUUGAGAGAGGUGAAGUUGAACUGAAUUCCAGUGAUUUGGAUGGCGAGCCGAGCCCGACUAUCUGAACCAAGGAACCUUACUGCAUGCAGCGAACUGAACUGAACUCUGAUUCCACGUUCACACUGACACUGAGCCUAUUCACUUCUGAGCUUGGUAGGCUAAACUUGCACUCCCACAAAUCGCAGGAUCCUACAUUCGCUCGACUUAACUUUGUGGACAUGGACUGUGGUAUGCGAACACAUUUCCAAUUGGAAUCAGAACACUAAAGGACGUCUAAGUCCCAGGAUUCUCUAAUUUCCAUUUUCUGAACGUGACUGGUGUUUAUUAUUUUCUUUGUUUUUUUCUCUUCUCACAAUUACCCGGGUAACAUGUUUUGUAUGCACUGAAUUGUGUUUUUUUUGUAUUAAAUUGAACAAUUCCUUUUGCCAAAUAUA